AUGGCCGCCUUCGGGCUCCUGAGCUAUGAGCAGAGACCUCUCAAACGGUCCCGCUUGGGGCCGCCCGACGUCUAUCCUCAAGACCCCAAGCAGAAGGAGGAUGAGUUAACUGCUGUGAAUGUAAAGCAAGGUUUCAGUAAUCAGCCAGCUUUCUCAGGAGAUGAACAUGGGUCUGCUAGAAAUAUUGUUAUUAACCCAUCAAAGAUUGGUGCUUAUUUUAGCAGCAUAUUAGCAGAGAAGUUAAAACUUAAUACAUUCCAGGAUACAGGAAAGAAGAAAUUGCAAGUAAAUGCUAAAGACAAUUACUGGCUAGUUACUGCUCGUUCCCAGAGUGCAAUUCAUACUUGGUUUGCAGAUUUGGCAGGAAAUAAGCCACUGACUUUCCUAGCAAAAAAGGUCCCAAUUCUCAGCAAAAAGGAAGACGUUUUUGCAUAUUUAGCAAGAUACUCUGUGCCACUGUUGAGAGCAGCAUGGUUGAUAAAAAUGACUUGUGCCUACUACUCAGCCAUCUCUGAAGCUAAAAUCAAGAAACGCCAGGCAGCUGAUCCAAAUCUUGAAUGGACUCAAAUCUCUACCAGGUACCUAAGAGAACAGUUGGUAAAGAUUGCAGAAUUUUAUCACAUGACUACAAGCCAAGGCAAAAACUCGGUAGUUGUACCUCGUGAGGUGGAACAAGCCCUGAAGCAGUGGGAAUAUAAUGAAAAAUUGGCAUUUUAUAUGUUCCAGGAAGGAAUGCUUGAAAGACACGAAUAUUUAACAUGGAUCCUGGAUGUCUUGGAAAAAAUAAGACCAGCUGAUGAUGAACUUUUAAAACUGCUCCUACCGCUAAUGCUGCAGUUUUCUGAAGAGUUUGUUCAGUCAGCCUACCUGUCGCGUCGACUUGCUUAUUUCUGUGCCAGAUGUGUUUCUUUAUUGAUAAGUGACAAUACUAACCUCAUAGCUGCCCAUUCACCUCAUAUUAUUAUUGGACCAAAUAAUCCUCCUCUGGCAGCUCCCAGCUCUUCUACUACUGGUACUGUAGUCAGUCCUGCACAGCUUGCCUGCUCAGAUUUCCUUUCCUGCCCACAACACCGUCCUCUUGUGUAUGGCCUGAGCUGUAUGCUACAGACUAUAACUCUCUGUUGCCCAAGUGCCUUGGUGUGGAAUUAUUCUACAAAUGAAAGUAAAAACAUAAAUCCUGGCUCACCUUUGGAUUUACUUCAGGUUGCUCCAUCUAGUUUACCAAUGCCAGGAGGAAAUUCUGUAUUCAAUCAGCAGGUUCGUGCAAAGAUUUAUGAAGUAGAACAGCAGAUAAAACAGAGGGGCUGUGCUGUGGAAGUACGGUGGUCAUUUGACAAGUGCCAAGAAUCAACUGCAGGGGUUACUAUCAGCCGUGUUUUGCACACUUUGGAGGUUUUGGAUAGACACUGCUUUGAUCGUUCAGAUUCUAGCAACUCAAUGGAAAGCCUUUAUAACAAGAUUUUCUGGGGAAACCAUAAUAAGGAUAACCAGGAGGUUGCACCUAAUGAUGAAGCUGUUAUAACACUGCUUUGUGAAUGGGCUGUGAGCAGUAAAAGAUCUGGCAAGCACAGGGCAAUGGCUGUAGCUCAACUAUUGGAAAAGAGGCAAGCUGAAAUUGAGGCAGAAAGAUGUGGUGAAGUUGAAAUCUUGGAUGAAAAGGAGUCCAUUUCUUCAGCGUCUCUUGCUGGAUCUAGCCUCCCUGUUUUCCAGAAUGUUCUCCUUAGAUUUUUAGAUACUCAAGCCCCCUCGUUAUCUGAUCCAAACAGUGAAUAUGAGAAAACAGAAUUUGUGAACCUGGUGCUGCUUUUUGGUGAAUUUAUACGGCAUGAUGUUUUCUCGCAUGAUGCUUACAUGUGCACUUUAAUAUCACGUGGAGACUUAUCUGUCACUGCAGCUUCUAGAUCACGCUCACCGACUGGGGAAAACAUGGAAGAGCAGUAUUCUAAGGAACAAGAUGUGAAACUGGAGGAACAUAGUCUUAUGGAGCACAUGUAUAUUGACUCAGGAACCACUAAUAUUUUUGAUGAUGUAGACAAGAAUGACUUUAAGACAGACUUUGGUUCGGAAUUUCCAAUCUUUUCUCCAAUGCCUGGGGAAUCUUGUGAGAAUCUGAAUUCAGUACCAAUACAAGACAGACGAGCUUCAAUGAAUAAUGAAAAGUCUACAAAGAAAGAAAAAGUAAGGGAGCUGAUUUUUCCAUCAAACUACCACCUCCUUCGACAUUUGCAAUAUGCAACACAUUUUCCUAUACCUUUGGAUGUAUCAUCAAGUCAUGAAUGUAAUCAGCGCAUGAUACUUCUUUAUGGAGUUGGCAAGGAACGUGAAGAGGCAAGGCAUCAACUAAAGAAGAUUACCAGAGAUAUCCUGAAAAUCCUAAAUAAGAAAAACACUUCUGAAAUGAGUGGUGGUGAUGAAGGUCCAAAAGUCAGGAAGAACAAGCAAGAGGCAUUCCCAACUUUAGAAACUGUAUUUACAAAACUUCAGCAGCUCUCAUACUUUGACCAGCAUCAAGUGACCAGUCAGAUCUCCAACAAUGUUCUGGAGCAGAUUACUAGUUUUGCAUCAGGAACAUCAUACCAUCUUCCACUAGCUCAUCACAUAGAAUUUAUCUUUGAUCUAAUGGAACCUGCUUUAAAUAUUAAUGGACUUAUUGACUUUGCUGUUCAGCUGCUGAAUGAGCUGAGUGUGGUGGAAGCUGAACUACUGCUGAAGUCAUCCGGCCUGGCAGGAAGUUAUACAACUGGACUGUGUGUUUGCAUUGUAGCUGUGCUAAGGCAUUAUCAUGCCUGCCUCAUUUUGAAUCCAGAUCAAACCGCUCAGGUUUUUGAAGGAUUAUGUGGUGUGGUCAAACAUGUAGUCAAUCCAUCAGAAUGCUCAUCUCCUGAAAGAUGUAUUUUAGCCUAUCUGUAUGAUCUCUAUGGGUCCUGUAGCCAUCUCAGAAGCAAAUUUGGAGACCUUUUCAGUAGUGCCUGUUCAAAGGUAAAACAGACUAUAUAUAGCAAUGUUCAACCUUCAAAUUCCAAUUUGUUGUGGGAUCCUGAAUUCAUGUUGGAUUUUAUUGAGAAUCCCUCCAUUCACAGCCUCAAAUAUUCAAUGUUGGGCAAGAUUCUGAGUGACAAUGCACCUAGUCGCUAUAGCUUUGUGUGUAAUGCACUAAUGAAUGUCUGCAUGGGCCAUCAAGAUGCAGGCAGAAUUAAUGAUAUUGCCAACUUGUGUGCAGAGUUAACUGCUUGCUGUACAGUGCUAAGUUCAGAAUGGUUAGGGGUUUUGAAAGCCCUUUGCUGUUCCUCAAAUCAUGUCUGGGGAUUUAAUGAUCUUCUCUGCAGUGUGGAUGUGAGUGAUCUGUCAUUCCAUGAUUCAUUGGCCACCUUUGUUGCAAUACUAAUAGCUCGACAAUGUUUUUUCCUUGAGGAUGUAGUUCAACACGUAGCUCUUCCUUCUUUACUUACAGCAGCUUGUGGAGAUCCAGAUGCUGAGCCAGGGGCAAGGAUGACCUGCCGGCUUCUUCUACAUCUCUUUCGAACACCCAAGGUUUCCCUAUUGUCAAGUGAAAAAUGUUUCCCAGGAAUUCGGUCAUCUUGUGAUCGCCGCCUUUUAACUGCUGCUCACAACAGCAUAGAAGUGGGAGCAGUAUUUGCUGUUCUGAAAGCAAUUCUGAUGCUUGGUGAUGCUGAAAUUGGAAGCAACAAUAUCCCCUCCUUCAAAAAUUCAGAUUACUCAGUGCAAAGAUUAUUGGGAGAUCUAAACGAUGAUGAGAUAUGGGAUGCUGCCUCACAGUCUUUGUGUGGAAAAGCCAUUUCCAUAGAAACUGCUACUCUCAGUGAAUAUGCUAGAUAUGUACUAAGGAGCAUUUGUCAGCAGGAAUGGGUGGGGGAACACUGCUUGAAAGAACCUGAAAGGCUGUGUACUGACAAAGAUCUUAUCCUGGAUCCAGUUCUUUCCAACAAACAAGCACAGAAAUUGUUGCAGCUUAUCUGUUAUCCUCACAGCAUUAAAGAAUGUGCAGAAGGGGACAGUCCUCAGAGACAACACAUCAAGCGCAUUCUUCAGAAUCUAGACCAGUGGACUCUCAGGCAGUCGUGGUUGGAACUUCAGUUAAUGAUCAAACAGUGUUUGAAGGAACCUGGUUCUGGGUCUGUGGCUGAAAUGAACAGCUUGUUGGAUAAUAUUGCAAAGGCGACAAUAGAGGUGUUUCAGCAAUCCGCUGAUCUAAACAAUAACUCUUCUAACUCUGGUAUAGGCCUCUUCAAUCCAAACUCUCUUGGAAAUGCUGACACACAUAUUACAAGACAGAACUGUAAAAUGAUAUUCCUGAGCUCUUCUGAACGACAAGGUGUCUGGUUAGUCGCUCCCCUGAUUGCAAAGCUGCCGACAUCUGUUCAAGGCAGAGUCUUGAAAGCAGCUGGAGAAGAGCUAGAGAAAGGCCAGCACUUGGGAUCAUCUUCAAAGAAGGAGAGAGACAGGCAAAAACAGAAGAGUAUGUCUCUUCUGAGUCAGCAACCAUUCCUAUCUUUAGUACUUACUUGUCUCAAGGGACAGGAUGAGCAGCGUGAAGGGCUACUAACAUCUCUACAAAAUCAAGUUAAUCAGAUAUUAAGCAACUGGAGAGAAGAACGAUACCAGGAUGAUGUUAAAGCUAGACAAAUGAUGCAUGAAGCAUUACAACUCCGUCUUAAUUUGGUGGGUGGAAUGUUUGAUACAGUGCAAAGAAGUACUCAGUGGACCACAGACUGGGCCCUUCUACUCCUUCAGAUAAUAACAUCAGGAACAGUUGACAUGCAAACCAAUAAUGAAUUAUUUACCACGGUGCUUGACAUGCUGAGUGUGUUGAUCAAUGGAACUUUAGCUUCGGAUCUCUCAACUGCAUCUCAAAUGGGUUCUGAAGAGAACAAGAGAGCAUACAUGAAUUUGGUGAAAAAACUCAAAAAAGAACUAGGGGACAAAAGUUCAGAAAGUAUUGAUAAAGUUCGUCAGCUCCUGCCCUUGCCCAAACAGAUGUGUGACAUUAUUGCCUGUGAGCCUAUGGGAUCACUGAUUGAUACGAAGGGAAACAAAAUUGCUGGAUUUGACUCCAUAGAUAAGAAACAGGGGCUCCAGGUCUCAAUGAAACAGAAAGUAUCCCCAUGGGAUUUAUUGGAAGGCAAUAAGAAUCCUGCUCCAUUGUCUUGGGCUUGGUUUGGAACCGUUCGCAUUGAUAGGAAAGUAAUAAAAUACGAGGAGCAGCAGCACCUUCUGCUUUACCACACCCACCCUAAACCUAAGCCACGAAGUUACUACCUCGAACCUCUACCUCUUCCUCCUGAGGAGGAGGAGGAAGAGGAAGAACAGCCUACUACUCCUGAAUCUCAGGAACCGGAAAGAAAGUCAGCAGAGCUUUCAGAUCAGGGAAAACCUUCAGCUGAUGAAGAAAGAAAGGGGAAGGGCAGAAAAAGAAAGGCAAAAUCAGCUUCUAAAACUGAUGAGUAUCCUCAGAACAAUGGAUGUAGAAUGGCUCCUAAUUUUUCACCACUUUCUUCUCAAAUGAUGCAUCACCCCCAGUCUGCUUUGUGGGGCUACAAUGUUAUAGGACAACCCCAACAGACUGGUUACUUUGUCCAGAACCAGCCUCUUCCACCAGGUGGUUCCAGAUUGGAUCCCACAGGAUCCUUUGUCCCAAGCAACACAAAACAAGUGCUCUCUAACAUGCUGCAGAGACGUUCCAGCAAUAUGAUGCAGCCCCCAGCAAUUCACACUAUUACUUCUCAGCAGCAGCAGCAAUUGCUUCAAAUCAAGCUACUCCAGCAACAACAACAGCGGAUUCUAAGGCACCAGAGCCAGGCAAGGCCUUUCAAACAGGGUCCAACAAUUGAACAGGCUGCUAUUUUCGCUCAACAAGUCUGCCCUUCUUCUCAGCUAACACAAUAUCCAGGGAUACAGCAAUCACAGACAAUUCCUCAUGGCUAUACAAUGUAUAGUACUCAGAUGUCAAUGCAAUCUCAACAGACUGGGGGUAUAGUUCUUUCACCUACCUACAAUCCUAGAUCAUUCCAAGCAACUCAUUCCAGUCCAGUUCUAAUGGAAAGGCUAAGGCAGAUGCAACAGCAGCCAAGCGGGUACAUUCAUCAGCAAGCAGCUGCUUACCUUCAGCCUUUAGCAGGCAACCAGCGUUCAGUUCACCAGCCUUUGCAACAGAAUCACUUGGUUGGAGGGCCUCUGGAUGCGAUAUCAGCCACACCUUCCCAGGCAAACCUUUACUCAGUCCAGAUGUCUCAGGAACAGAUGAGACACAGACAACAGCAAAUUCGGCAACAAAGAUUCCUUCAGUUGCAGCAGCAGCAGCAGAAUCAGCAGCAAAUUAUUAGCCUUCAAGCAAUGCAGCCACAACAACAAUCUUUCUUCCCAAGGCAAGGUUUGCAGCAAACGCAGCAGCAACAACAGACAGCUGCUCUUGUCAGACAACUCCAAAAACAGCUGUCAAGUAACCAGCCACAACAAGGUGUGAAUCCAUACAGUCAUCCUUCACACUUCUGAAUCUGAAAGAUGCAAGGAAGACAAGGUGUUUGCACUGAAGAACAGGACAGCAGAAUUUGUUGCACUAAUUACUCCCGCCCCCCAUUUGUGUACGUGUGUUGCCAAUAAUGUGAAUAUGUAGGAACUAGGUGAUUUUAUUGUUGUUGUUUUGCCUAUAAGAAAUUACAAAUAUAUGAAUUAUGUGGGACUUAAUACUGUUGCUGCAAAAUAUAUGGAUUUGGUGCUUUAAGAAUUUUUUCAAGAGGAUGAAAACUCAAUUUCUUUUUGUGGAAGAUUUUUUUUUUUAAACCUUCUUUAUACUGCAGUGGACCAAACACUGACUAAAAAGGCACCUCUAUUUAUUUGUUUGUUUGUUUGUGUUUGUUUAUUAUUUAGUCAUGCAUGU